UCCGUUGCGUUUCUGCCACUGGCGACGCGCUCCGUUCGCAUCGCAUCGUGACUAUUGUUUAUCCGCUAUUAAAUUAUUAUUUGUAUCGUUUCCGCCGUCCGCGCAAGACGACGGCCGAAGCGACAUUUGUAUAUUUUUGCACGUAGACAUUCACGAAAUUAGCGCGCGUUUGUCGACGGAGAAUCUAUACGUAAAUAAUUGAUACGCUGUAGUAUUAUUGACAUUAUUUUUGUUAUUAUUAUUAAUCGACGUCACUGUCGCGAUAAUAAUAUUAUUAUUUUACCGUAUUACCGACUGCGACCCGUCGCCUACCGAUCGUUUUGUGACGUCGUCGCUACUGCUGUUUCGGCGAUUUUCUUUCGUUCUUCCCGAGUGCGACAGAGAAACGGAAGAAAAAAACAUUGUUCGCUCGUCAGUGCGGUACCUUGUAAUAUCUUAUUGUUAUAAUUAUUGUAAAAACAGUGCGUUUGUCGUGCGUCGUUGUUCGGUUCAAUUCGACUUUGUCAGCAAACUAGCACAGCCGCCCGCAGAACACGCGCCAGGCCGUGGCCCGUGCUGCCCGUCCGUGUGCUGUGCGUGCGUGGCGAACGCCAUCCUGAACGCGGCGAAGAUAUUUUGCCGUCGACGUCAUUACCAGAGACUACGAAAACGACGACGGCGUACGCCCCCGAUCGCCGCCGAUAGGUCGACAUUGCUCAUUAAAUAUUAUUCAAUGCAAAUCAUCAAUAUGUACAAACCAAUUCGUCCAAGGAGAAACAGCUUACCAAGCAAUGUACAUAGAAGUAAAACAAAACAUUUACCUAAAGCAGAAUUCAGUCCAACUAAAAAUUCUAAAGUGAUUCAUGAAUCAAAAAAACCCAAAUCAAAAACGCCUAUUUGCGUUAAACAGCUUAAUUAUAAUGAAUCACAUACAAAGAAUGUUAGAAAAUUUAUGGAUCAUAGUUUGUCGGAUGGAGAUGAAAUUAUAGACGAUAAAGCAAAUUUUCAUAAAACAGCUAAAAACAACCAAAUCGUAAAAGAUAAAAGACCUCAUAUGGUAUGUUCCCAGCCUAUUGACACUCCGACUAGAUAUCUACAAGAAGUGCCAUUACAUCACACUCCCCCAUCCUACGAAUCCCCACAAAAAUAUGGUCCUUACAAGAAAUUUAAAGAAGAUGAUAUAGAGCAAUUGGUUAUUGAAAAAUAUGCCCUGCUCAAACAACUCAUGAACAUCGAUGAACGAUGCAGCUCACCUAAUGGUGAUAACUUUUAUGCUGGUGCCAAAUUCAAUAAUUGCCCAUCUCCUGGAGAUUUGCCAUUGCCACCAAUGCAAUGGCUUAACUCUUGUCAAGCACAAGCAAAAUCCAUGCGGCAAAAAUCACCUCUUAUCUUCAACAUAACUAUCUAAGAUAUUCUUCAGAAUCUAAAUUUUAACAAUUGUUUUUUUUUUUCAUUAUUAUUAUUUGAUUUUACAUUUUAACGCUUAUUGUGAUUUUUUCACUAUAGUAUAUUCCCCUCCACCUUACUAUAUACCCCCUCUUCCCCAUAUUCAUGAUGAAGUUGUCUUUUAAAUAUUUUCAACAUUUUAGUUAUAUUUUAUACAUUACUAUAUGUAAUAACUUUUAUUUUAUUUUAUCAGUCUCUUUUUCAUAACUAAAUUUUUUAAUCUUAAGUAUCAUAAUUAUUUAAAUGUAAUGUUUUUAAUUGUUUUUUAAUUAUUUAAUUUUUUUUUUUUAUUGUUUUUUUGUGACAAAACUCUCAUCAUGGACUGAUUUUUGCAUCAGUAUCUAGUCACUUAUUUAGGUGAACUACAAGUUUAUUGCAAUACAAAUAUUAGUACAUAGAUAGUUAUGAAAAUUAUUAUUUUAAACUGCUAUAGUAUAAUUGAAUUGAAUUGCUGAUUGGUUGUAAUAUUUAUGAAAAUCAAAUCUACGUUUAAUAAGACAAUUUUUAUAUAUACCUAGUUGUAUUAUCAAUCAAUAUGUUAUGUCAUCAAACCCACCCACCCCACCCAAUAAUUAAAUUUAAAAAAAAAUUAUGUUAAGAAAAAAUAAUUCAUUUGUUAAUGUGAUAUUUGUGAUAAUAAAAUCAGCGAUUCAAUUUUUAUUUUUGUCAGUAAUUGGUAAAAUUUGUAUUUGAAUUAAAAGCUAUGAAAUUCAAAGAAAAUAUAACAUAAACAUAUAUAUGUAUCUGUUCAAUCAGAUAUGUAUGGAACUCGUCAUCGUUCCUUUAAAUGUUACCUUUUAAUUUAAUAUUUAUUCAUAUUUUAAUUUAACUACCAAUUUUAUAAAUAAUGAACAUAAGCACGUGAAAAAAAAAAGUUGAAACAAAUGUUACUUCAAAUACACUUUUUACCUUUCUCUGAUAUUAUUUAAGUGCAAUUGUGAUACAGAACAAUAUUAUUUUUUUUAAGGUUUACUUACCAUAAUUAUAUUACACAUAGUGAGCCUGUAUAUGUGUUGUAUCUUGUGAAUGUUGUAACUUUUGAAAAGAUUAAAUGAAUGUAUAAUGUUUAAAAGAUAGAUUGUUAAAAAAAGAUGCGAAUGAA